AUGGAUAAUUCAAAUACUGCUAUUUACAUCCGAGUUAAGGGUCAGAGGCCCAAAGGUUUUGUAGACCCUUUGCCAUUUGAAUGGAAUCUGGAGAAAGAGAAGCGGUUAUGGUCGAUAAUCUCAACUCUGGAUAGCAAUAGACAGCAGAUUAAUUGGAAAUUGUUAUCAGAGACUAUUGAAGUUCCUGAAUAUUUUUUAAAAGAAAGAAGUUAUACAUUGUUUAGUAACAAUUUACAGAAGUUAGGGAAGUUCAUCGACAAUAAUAAUACGAGCAAUGAUCCUUCUAAAGUAAUACCAGGAACUAGUCAGACUGGUGAUUAUUCAAAUUUAAAGGCACUUGAUGUCUCUAAAGGAAGCAUGGACGGGAAAGACAUGUGCCAAGAUAUGAAAGAGAUCAAUGACCCAAAUUAUGUAGAUUAUGAUGUGGAUAAUGAAGACGAAACCGCCGAAUUAACUUUACAGAAGUUACAAACUUCAAAGAUACUGACUCAACAGAACCCAAUGAAGAUUAGAAGUAAAGAAAGGAAAGAAGAAUUUCAAGAAACUUCAGAUGCUGAUUUAUGGUCAAGUUUAAGCGUUAGUACUUCUGCUUUAGAAGAAGCUUUGAUGGAUAGAAUGCAUAUAUAA